CAUAGAACGCGUUGAAACUUACCUGGAAGCAGAGCGCGCAAAUUCGAGACUGCAACGCCGCCAUUACAUUUUUCAGCAUGGCGCGAGAAAAAGUUUGUGGUGGUGCGUAGCAGCGCGAGUACGCGACAUUUGAGACGUGUUGCGAGUUUCUAAGAAAGUUAACGAGCAAUGGACACUUAGCGAUCGAAUAAUAUGGUCAAAGAAGAGCUUCAUUCCCGGGUGGAGUCAAGCUCAGACGACGACAGCCGUAGUAGCUACGGGUCCGGCAGUGGGGAUGAGACGGCCAGCCUGCCGCUUCACGGUCUACCUUCUUCGUCGCGGUCUGGCAGGAAGCCCGUCAAUAAGGGACGAUGGGCCAAAGAAGAGGAUGAACGACUCAAGAGGACCGUCCAAGUGCACGGCACUGCCGACUGGGCAACGAUAGCGCUCUGCUUUCCUGACCGCACCGACGUCCAGUGUCAGCAGCGGUGGCAGAAGGUCGUCAAUCCUGAUCUCGUCAAGGGGUCUUGGUCUAAGGAGGAAGAUGAAAAAGUUGUGGAACUUGUUCAGAAGUAUGGUCCCAAGAAGUGGACCCUAAUCGCCAAGCACCUGAAGGGCCGUAUUGGGAAACAGUGCAGGGAACGCUGGCACAACCACUUGAACCCAGCCAUCAAGAAAAGUGCCUGGACUGAAGAAGAAGAGACAAUCAUAUUUGAGUAUCACAAACUUUGGGGAAACCAGUGGGCAAAGAUUGCGAAGCUUCUUCCAGGACGGACUGACAACGCCAUCAAAAAUCAUUGGAAUUCUACGUUGAAGAAACGAGUGGAGUCCGAGGAAGGUUACAGGGCAGAUCCACCCCCACGGAGAAAGCUAGUGGCCAGGGAAAGCAGUCAGAUAUCAGCGAGCACCGCGUCUAGUACAUCAGCGCCGAGGCAGCCCGCACCAGUUGUGAGACAUCAGGUCUUCCCAGUGAAAGUUGAAGCGAGCCAGCCGUCCAAAGAUCUUCAGGUGGAGUUUACGCCGGAAUACACAACAUUCAUACAAAAUGUGGCAACGUCGCUGUGUAAACAAGAAGUGGAAGCAGACGUCCCGACGCAGCCAUCUUAUUGGCAGACAGACUUCGAACCCAUCCUAGCUCCGGAAGCUCCCGCGGAAGUAGAAAAAUCGCAGCCUUCGGAGUCAACACCCGAAUAUGUCGACAUCAACGACCUCUUGUCGCCGCUAAAGGACAUUAAUGUGGAAGAACUGCAGACAGCUCCUCAGGGAUCUGUGGGAUCUACUGACAGCAGGGGAUCUUUCGGCAUGCUGACUGCGCUGGAUCUGGUCUGCGGCACUACGGUCACACCCAGCGUCACUCCUAUCAAGUUCACAUCCAUUCGGAAGAAAGAAACUGCAGGGAACGAAGAGGAAACUCCUUCGGAAGGAACGACGCAGCGCGAAGGUAUAGUCGAAGUCACAUCAACCUCGCAGAACAACUCUCGGCUAGUGACUCCGCCGAUACUGCGUCGAGGGAGAAGGCGUAGGCUCCGCUCUGUGCAGUCCCAAGAUUCGGACUAUUCUCACCUGGAGGCAGACAGCACCACGUUCGACGACUGUCCGAGCAGGGACGAAGUGCUAGAAAUGGAUCCCAUCGGGUUUCCUUCUCUCCAUCAAGAAAGGGGAGGUGGCGCGAGCGCAGCCGGACUGGAUCGCCCGGUGCCCUCAAUCCACCACUCCGGUGACAGCUACGUCGAGGUCCACUCCGUCGCCGCGGGGCCGUACCCAGUGCAGCUAUUGGCAGCCAAUGAAAUGGAGCUCCUGAUGUCUUCUCACGACUGUCGGCGGAGCGAGGUGUCCCCCGGCAACAGUGGGACGCCCAAGAAGUCUCUCCCGUUCUCCCCCUCGCAGUUCCUCAACAAUCCUGGUGUCGAAAUGAACUCUGGGAACCUUACCUCCACUCCUGUGCGCAGCAGGAAUCACCAGCAUCCUCACAACGGGCUUCAAGAGUUCCACCUGCAAGAAACACCCUCUGAAAACGCCCUGCAGACCCCCAAGUCCAGAAGAAACAGUUCAGAGUACACCCCGCGGACACCCACACCUUUCAAGGACGCCAUGGCAGAACUGGAGAAGCGCAGCGGGCCAGUUAGGAGGAUGCCACUUACACCCAUCAUAACCAUGGAGGACCUGCAGGACCUUCUCACGAACACAGAGCACAUCUCCAACGUCUUGGACGCUGAGCACGCGUUGAAACGGCGGAACAACAAAGAGAAUGUCUCGCCCUCGAAACGGGUUCGAAAGGCCCUGCAUCAAACAUGGUCCACGCCGGGCGAGAUCCCGGUCCCGGGUCUCACUGCCACUGGGUUUACUGCUUUGGAACCGGAUUCUAUCAUUCUGCCAGAAACUCCGAGUAAGUCCCUGCUCGGAGAUUCGUCUGUGCUGUUCUCUCCGCCAUCGAUCAUUCGCGAGACUCUUCCCGAGGAAGAACCGCAGUCGCUGAACGAUGCAUUUAUUCAACCCGUGCCUUCAAAGCCUAAGGUGGACCUCGGGGGACUGCACCAUCACUUCUACCCCCACUACAGGCAUCCCCAGCACUAUGAGCCUUACACGGGGCCAACACAAUACUUUUAGCAGUUUUUAGCAUACUUUUUAGCCCCCCCUCCAUGUUUUUUAGCGCACUACGUUUUUACAGCUAUCGUCCAUAUUUUUAAAAUUCCCGGAGCAAAAGGCUUGCUUCGCCUAACCGCAGGUGAACCUUGCAAGCUUGGAACUGAUCCAUAUUGAGUACAAAUGGCUUGCCUCUCCUUUUUAAACUUUGUAUAGACCUUUUCUCGCGGACUACGUGCGGCAGUCGCUUUAUCACACAUGACUUUUGAUACUAUAUUUUUUAUGGCAGGCUGGUGCCAAGCUUUUGGAAGCUCCAAAAUUUUUUUACGGAAGUAUAUUAUUCCACGCUUUUAAAAAGGACACUCUACAAAAAGUGUGUGCUCAUUUUUUUGGUGUUUUGUGGCAUAGUACAUUGUUUGUAGAUAUCUGGAGUAGGGCAAUGCAAGAAGCAUUGUGGGCAUCAAUAAUUUUACCGCUAGUAUUCAGUGUGAAAUUGACAGUAUCUGUAGUGCUCAUUGUUAAAAUGUCGUAAAGCUGUAUACGAUGUUUUGGUGGUAGGUACUUGAUAUUGAAAUGCAUAUUUUGGCAGCGGUUCAAUAUUGAGGGUACCGUAAAGUUGGUUGUGCUCAAGUAUUGAACACCUUGGCGUAAAGUAUUUUUGAGUGAUGCUGCCUCGUGACCUGAGCGUCCGUGGCUGUGGUGAGAGUACAUUUUUCUUUUUCUCUCCUUUUAAAAAGCUUUUGGGCUAGAAUUUCUGCCUCGGAGACCGUGAGCCCUGUAUCGUGACCUGUGUUAUGUUUUGCUGAGGCAACGCAGUUGUCCAGCAUUUGAUAGACGUUUUAUCAGAGAGCAUUUAUUAUUAAUUUAUAUCGCACUCAAGAGACGUUGAGUGUCACCAACACGAUUCUUAGAAGUUCUGAGAACCGACGAAUACCAGUGCUUUCUUCGACACAAAUUCAAACUUGUUUGUACAGCUUUGGUGUGGAUGUCUGUCGUCCUGUGUACAUAUGCCUGUGGCGUUUGUUUGUGGUAGAGAAAAAUUGAAAAAAAAAAGCACAUAUUUUGUAUUACGCAUUUACUUAACCUGUGUUGCACGCGCUUCUCUCGACUGCGCAGCAGCGGUAGAUGUCGAACGAUCUGUAUUAUAGAACGCCUUUCAAGACAAAGCGCAGCAUUUAAAGAGAUUGUGUAACUUUUGCAUUUCAAACUGAGGCAGCAAGGCAAUGCUGCAGCAGAAGCUGUGAACGCUUGACUAGAUUAGUUGAAAAUAAAGUCGUUUAAAGGAAA